UUCCCCUCUCUUCUCUUCUCUUCAUCCUUAUUUUGCUCCCAAUCUCAUCUCACGGUUUCAGUCAACCGAAGAAUGGUCAUGGCGUCACCAUCAAAGCCUACACCAGAAUCUCGCAAACAGGCUAAGAGAUUCGCUGAGACUCUCAAGAACUUGCCUCUGCUGGGGCUACGGCUCAAUAAGACCGACUCUUUCGUGUACCAGGCAAGAAUGGGAAGGCCCCAGAAAUCAAAGCCCUCUCGUCAACCUGCACAGGUCGGUGACCCCCUAGCGGAACUUCAACGCAGAGAGAAGUUAAAAGCCGCACACAUUCCUGCUACAUUAAUCAGAAUUGGUUCGUGCCAGCUUGCUUCUGUACAUGAAGCAGAUUUGGUAGCAAAGUUCUACUUCGCAACGAGGAAAUUAGUCUGGGAAGUGCUCGCGAACGGAACGAAGAAUAAGAUGGAGAUACCAUGGUCGGACAUUUCUGCUAUAAGAGCCACUAUUGAAGAAAACAAGCCGGGAAUCCUCGAAAUUGAGUUGCACCAGCCGCCCACCUUCUACGGGGAGACUGAUCCGCAGCCCCGGCAUCACUCGAUUUGGAUCUCGGCGGAUGAUUUCACUGGCGGCCAAGCUCUUAUGUGCAGGAGACACUAUCUUGAAUUUCCUUCAGCGGCCCUCGACAAGAGCUACGUCAAGCUUCUGAACAGUGACCGCCGUUUGCUUGAGUUGAGCCAGAGCGGCUUUCCGAGCAGUGUAGAAACCACAUUCUGCACGUUGCAACACUUUAAUUUGGAUAUAUAUCCCCCAAGAUUAGCAAUCGCGAUGCCACAAGCGCGUCAGGUCCUUCGUCAAAGCGCAAAUCUGCCGGCGUUGACCCCCCAGCAGAGACGAUCGUAUGAAGCAGCGAAGCAACAAGCCCUUCAAUGGAAAAAUUCUACCCCGCCAAUGUCAGUAUUGGAUUCUCGACAUCUCGAAAACCACAGAUUGGAGAAUUCACAAAUGACUCCAUGGGAUCAAGUACCUCGCGACUUCUCCCAGUUCGAAGCCCUUCCGCCUCUACACCCUGCAGCCGCAGCCAGUCCAGCCCUCUAUCAUAGAGAAGAUUUGUACUCGCCCUAUGUUGGAGAUGCAGGGGUCCUCCCCCUGCAGACUCCUGCAAUCAUGAGGAAUACACAAGCACAACGGCGGUUAUUCUCCGAUCCAAUCAGUUCAUAUCACCCGAGGCUUCCACCUGCAAUUCACGGCACUUUCGCAUUGCCCAUAGAUUCGCUGAGUGCGAUAGGUUCUGCCAGCAAUAGUGAUGCAAUGGGUGUCAGACAGGAGCAUAAUGGAUAUGCUGACAGUGGCGGGCAAUUCAUCAUUGGUCCCUCGGAGCAGAAUGGCACUUUCACAACACCGACAGGUAUGCCGAGUGCAGUAGGUUUUGCAAGCGAUGGCGUUGCAAUGGGUUUCCAACAGGAACAUGAUGGAUACGCGAACAGUAGCGGGCAAUACAUCAUCUGUCCCUCGGAGCAGAAUGGCACUUUCGCAUCACCGAUAGGAUCGCCAAGUGCAGUAGGUUCUGCAAACAAUGGCAAUUCAAUGGAUGGAUGUGCUAACAAUAACCAGCAACUCAUCUUCGGUCCCCCAGAGCCGAAUGGCACUUUCACAUCACCAGUAGGUUCGUUUGCAGUAGGAUCUGCAAGCCAUGGCGAUGCAAUGGGAGUUGGACAGGAACAUAAUGGAUAUGCUAGCAUCGACGGGCAAUUCAACUUUGGUCCAUCUGUGUCUGAAGAACAAAUUUAUGAGCAACUUGCUCCUUUGAUGCGCCAUCAAGCUUACGAGCGAAAACCGCACGGUGGAUCACCUUGGAAAUGAUGUUCUGUGUCAAACUCUGAUUCAAGACUCAAGGAGUGAAAACUUGGGUUGAGCUGAGGAAUUCAUCAGUAGGGCAGUCACAGUUUUUCAACUUGAGAUUAGGCUGAGUUGAAGAUGUUGGGGGCUUCUCUUUUCGUUUCUGUUCUUUUUUUUUCCUUUUCUGCUCUUUAUUGUAGCCAAAGUGGGGUCUUCUUCGUUUCUUUUCCAAGUUUUGUUGCUGAAAACUAAAUUGGGAUGAGUACAAUCUUAUCUCCACCUUGCAGUCUGUAAUAUGGGCCGCAAACUUA